UCUCAGAUUCCCAUCAAAACAUCAACAAAUUCAAUAAAACCGCUAAAAUCUUAUUUUCGAAUGCUGCACAGGUUGCACAUUGUGUAUGGUUCUGCAUUUCUAUUUUGCUUGAUCUGAUUAGUUUUACUCCCAAAACAAAUCCACUAUGCCAGAAUCUCAUGUGAAUGAAGGAGCGUCCACCUCAGGUGCGCCAAAGGACACUGGUUCCGGUAAGAAGAGGAAUCUACCUUGGAUAGAAAAGUAUCGCCCACAGAGGUUCGAAGAGAUCGUUGGCAAUGAGGACACCGUCAGUCGGUUGGGUGUAUUUGCCACUCAGGGAAAUGCUCCGAACAUAAUUAUCGCUGGUCCCCCCGGAGUGGGCAAGACCACAACCAUACUGUGUCUGGCUCGAAUUCUUUUGGGGGAGAAUUUCCGCGAGGCCGUGCUUGAGUUGAAUGCCUCCAAUGAACGCGGCAUUGAUGUGGUGCGUAACAAGAUCAAGAUGUUCGCCCAGCAGAAGGUUACUCUGCCGCGUGGUCGCCACAAAAUCGUCAUACUGGACGAAGCGGACAGUAUGACAGAGGGUGCCCAACAGGCCCUGAGAAGAACGAUGGAAAUCUACAGCAACACUACGCGUUUCGCACUGGCUUGUAACACGAGUGAGAAGAUUAUCGAACCGAUUCAGUCACGGUGCGCUAUGCUGCGCUUCUCGAAAUUGUCGGACUCCCAAGUGUUGGCUAAACUGAUUGAGGUCUGCCAGAAGGAAGCACUUAGCUACGAAGAGGAUGGACUGGAAGCGAUUGUGUUCACAGCGCAGGGCGAUAUGAGACAGGCACUGAAUAAUCUGCAAUCAACCACAAAUGGAUUCGGACACAUUAGCGGGGCGAAUGUGUUCAAAGUGUGCGAUGAACCACAUCCACUGCUGGUGCAGGACAUGCUGGAGCAUUGCGUUAAAGGAGAUAUCCAUAAGGCUUACAAGAUUAUGGCCAAACUGUGGAGAUUGGGAUACGCUGCGGAGGAUAUUAUUGGGAAUAUAUUUCGCGUUUGCAAGCGAUUGAAUAUGAAUGAGAAAUUGAAGCUGUGCUUCAUUAGAGAGAUUGGGGAAACGCACAUGAAGAUUGUGGACGGAUUGAACUCAUUGCUGCAGAUGUCUGGACUAUUGGCGAAGCUGUGUGAAGUGUCGUAUGAUUAUCAAUAAUGUUUCUUAUUUUAUAAUAAAAUUCUCAUUACAUCGCUCGAAUGAAUACAAUGUUUACUACAUUGUUGAACCAAA